AUGUCAAAAUCCAAAGAUUCCAAGUCCACAACGACCUCAGGCAUCCAAACCCUCGAAUCCGGUAGUCGGGUAAUCCCUUCCUCCACAAGAGCAGAUGGCACCACGAGGCCCGAACGUCGUGUAAAACCCGGGUUUACACCGGCUGAAGACGUGGUGAAAUACCAUAAUAGGACGGCUGAGGCUUGGAGGAAUAGAGGCAGUGGUGGCGUUCCCGGCGCUACGGAUGUCGUAGGGGAGGGUAAUAAAGCUGGUGGAGCUGGGAAGAAGAAGAGAAGAAGGGCGAAGAAAGGGGGUGCUGCUGGUGUUGAUGGUGGGGAAGGGAAGGAAGAGGACGAGGGUGAGGAAGGGGGUGAGGGUGCUGAGGAAGGGGGUGAGGCUGCUACACCUGCUGCUGCUACACCUGCUGCUGCGACCACCACUACUUCUGAGCCGGCGAAGGCAGAGGGAGAAGCUGCAGUCUCAGCGGAUGUGGAGAAGAAGGCAAAGGGGUUACACAAGAAAAUCCGACAGGCGCAAGAAUUAAAGUCGAGGAAGGAGAAAGGGGAGACUUUAUUGCCUGAGCAGUUGGAUAAAGCUUUGAGAUUGGGAGAGUUGAUUAGAGAUUUGGAGAAGUUGGGGGUCAAGUACGAAGGAUGA